AGAAAGGGAAUGUGGAUAAGAGAGGAGAGAGGGUGGGAGGAGAGGAGAAAGAGGGGACUGGAGGAGAGGAAAAAUGGAUGGAGAGAGUUAAAGGAUUUGAGACACUGAGAGAGAUGACAGAAGUAGAGGAGGGGCAGGAAAGGAGGAAGAUAGAGGGAGAGGAGCAGAGAGAGAGGAUGGAAGUAGAGGAGGAGGAGCGGGGAAAGAGGAUGGAAGUAGAGGAGGAGGAGCGGGGACAGAGGAUGGAAGUAGAGGAGGAGGAGCGGGGACAGAAAGAUGCAAUGAAAGGAGAGGAGGGGACUACAAUAGACCCACACCUCAAUGCAGACCCGGCUACUCAGAACCCUCCCUCAGAACCCCCCAUAAACAUCCAGAGACCAUCAGACCGUCCCAUAGAGCAAUCCCCAGACCUCCCCCACGUGGACCAAGAGGACUUCUGUGAGAACAUGUUCAAUCAGUCUGACAACCAAUCAGUCUUGUCCAGUCUCUCCUCUCAGUCUCCCCCUGCCUCACCCUUCCUCACCCUUUCAUCUGACCUCCCCCCUCCUCUCCUGCCUGUUAGCCCUUCCCACCCAGAAACCCUCAGCCUAUCACAGAGCCGCCCUGAGACCUUCAGCCUAUUGGAGCGCAAGCCUUGGUCACAGAGGGUCUGGCCAGAGGGUGGGAGGCGUGUCUUAACUCACCUGGUGGAGGGCUUCAUCAUACAGGAGGGGCUGCAGGCGUUCCCGGUGAACCGCUCGUCUCUGUUGUUGGGAGGGCAGGAGGCUAUCUCCCAGAAUGGGAACAGAGAGGGGGCUGAGUUAUUACUGUUGACAGACACACCAGAGCCACCAGAAUAUUCCAGCGAAUCAGAACAAGAGCGCAUGGCUACAAGUGACAAGCUCACAGGUCCCAGAGAGAGACAGAGGGGAGUGUUACAUUGCGAGUCUUGUGGGAAGAGAGGCCACGCCCACUCCUUCCACCGCUCCAAGCGAUACUGCUCCACUUCCUGUGCCCGCAGGUAUAAUGUAGGGCUGGCCAAGCGUCUGCGUGCCCUAAGUGCUGGCAGCCACCUAGAGGGGCAGCGCUCUGAGAUAAACAAGGUGGAGUCUGUGCCUGGGAAGCCUCUCCUACUGCGACUGCCCCGUGAAAUAUGGAGCGCCCAUAGCCGUGACAACGAAGAGGAGGGGCAUGCUGUUCCCACAACGACCAGGCUGGAGCGCCGAGCGGCACGGAGGGCGAGGAGAGCCUCAGAGCCAGCGAUGACCCCUAGUAACCCCACUGUGACCUCUAGUGACCCCUUACCUGCACAGUGGAGCGUCGAGCAAGUCUGGGACUUCAUACACAAACUGCCAGGUUGUGUCGAGGUUGCGGAGGCGUUCCGUGUUCAGGAGAUAGACGGCCAGGCCCUGCUGCUGCUCACUGAGGACCACCUGAUGACCAGCAUGAACAUCAAACUGGGACCAGCUCUCAAGAUCUGUGCCCACAUCAACACACUCAGACACAGAUAGAGAGGGAGGAGGAGAGAUGAGUGAAGGAGGUGAGGUGGGAGGAGGAGAGAUGAGAGGAGGAGAGAUGAGAGA